CAUAGCACAACUUUUGCAGUACUUAUCUAUGUAAAUAUGGCAAGCAAGCUGGCACUCACAUGUAAUUGUGCUUCAACUCUAGUAACAUCAAACAACAGGGCUUCCUCUAGCUCAUUUAAAGUUGGAUUGGGCCCACAUUCUGACUUCCUCAAAGCAUCAUCAAAGUCAAAGACACCUUCUUCUACAAGUCUUUCCUUGAUAGUGAGAGCCCAAGAAGGUGCAAUUGAGCCUCUUGAUAUCAAGGCAGGUGAACACUUGCAUAAAAAUGUGUUUCUCCAUAACACUUCUUUUUACGGCAAAUACUCCACAUCUUCGACUGUUUUGCUAUCUUAUGUAGUGCGCACCCCAUGGGAUACGAACGAGGACGAAAACGAGAUCAAGAUGUGGUUUGACAUGGCAGAACUAGAAGCUAGGAACGUCAAAGUGAACAUUAUGGAUGACUUGCUUAUCAUCAAUGGAGAUGGUGGCAUUGAUGCCAAUGGAACCAAGAUUGAUGGUGCCUAUGACAGCAUUAUUCAACUGCCUUCUAACUGUUUGAAGGAACAGAUAAAAGCUGUGUUUAAGAAUGGUGGGCUAUACAUUACCAUGCCUAAAAUUACCAAAGUUGAGCACAAACCUAUCCACAUACAUGUUAAAUCUGUUCAAUAAUUACUGUUGGUUACUCCUACUAAACAAAUGGUGAAUAGACCAACUUAGCCUUAUAUAUAUAAACAAUUAGUUGUUGGCUACUUAGCUUAACUCUAAUCAUUUCACAAGAUAAUGAAUUGUUGGCUACUUAGCUUAACUCUGAUAGGUGAAAUGUACAUAUUCAUAUUUCUAGGCUCUAUGCAAUAAGAUUCAGUUCCACCU